AUGCUUACCAAACCAAGUGUAAGUCCUGAAGAAUUAUUAUUAUUAUCGCUCACGUUAGAUCUUGAUCCUCAGAAGCAUGACACCAAAAUGCAAUAUAGAAGAAUGUUACCAGCAAAUAAUCCUCCGAGCAAUACCAAUAUAAUGGAUGCUACCAGUUGGAUGCAAAAUAAAGUCGUACCUG